GCACCACAAAAUGUGGACUUGGGAAUACCGAACCACAAAAUGUGGACUUGGGAAUACCACACUACAAAAUGUGGACUUGGGGAUACCACACCACAAAAUGUGGACUUGGGGAUACCGCACCACUAAAUGUGGACUUGGGGAUUCAGCUUGGUUCUGGACAAUUAAAUCAAAAUCAUACCUGUGUCCAAAUACAGCUAACCAACUUUUCAGCUCACCUACCAGCACAGCUUUUCAGUACUUCUUAUCAGCUCAUCACAGCCCAAUCAGCAAGGCAAAUGACAUCUGACAAUUUUGUGUAUUGAGCAUUAGAUGUAUAACUCAACCUAAUUACAUAAUGUAAUUUAUCUUUUCAUAAUCAACUUAUUCCUAGCUAUGCAGAUUAAAUUUGCAAUCACAUCAAGGAUAUUUUUGGUUAAAUUGCAAUAUUUAAAUAAUGCUUGUAAUUUGGUAUAAUGGAAUAUCACAUAGAUAAUGUUUAUUAUUUUAAUUAUUUGAUAAUACUAGAUGAAAAUAAGGCAUACAAAAUAAUCUAAGCCAUGAAUGCACAUUAUUCGACCAAUUCAACAUCCCACAUGUCAUGCUCAUCCAGUAUUAUAAGUGUUUAUAGAACAUAUGUACUAUACUAUUUGCGUUUAUCAUGCUCUGUUACUAUGGCAACCAAUCAUGUUCAGACUCAUUACAUUAAAGAAUUACAUCAGCAUCCAUGACCUCUAUAAAUAUAACUGUGACUGAUCCUGUAAAAUGACAUUUCUAGGAAAUUAUCACCAAAAAGUGCCACGCCUACUUUUGAGUGGAUAGAGUGAUGGUCACCUAAUAAAAUAUAGUCCAGAG